UGCCUAAACAUGAUGUCUGUUGGUAUUCAAAUUGUACUGAGGUCUAAAAUCAUUACUACCUCAGACACUGCAUGUUAAAAAUGUCUUGGAAAACAACUGCUAAAAAUGAACAGUAUCCAAAACUACACAAAGAAAUUUUUAUUAUUUUAUGGCCUUUUUUUUUUUUAAACAACCUGCUUAAUGUUAUGCAUACGCUAAUUCAGACUGUGUGCAUGUGAAUAACUGAAAGCAAAAGUAAACUGAAAGCAAAAGUAAACUGAAGCGGGGAAUUCCUUAGCUCUCUUUAUAAGAAACUUCAUUUUGUUUGCUCUAGUAACAUUACUUUGGAUGUCAUCUUACCUGACGAUACUUCUUCAUUACCUGUGAGUACAGGAUCUUGGCAGUUCCCAAAUUACCUCAGAUGAUGUCUUAGCUGAAGAUGUUUUACCUUCACCUGUGAUUACAGGAAGAACAAAAUGGACUUCUGAAGAUCAUCUUGCAUCUUGAACAGCACUGUGAACAGUGUAUAAUUUACACCUCAGGUCAUGGCAUCAACAAAAACAUUGUUAUCAAGAUUGCGUGAUUUGGUCAGAUAUGGACAGUGGAGUGAGGACGAUGUUGUGGAUUUGUUCACUGCCCUUGUGAAAGAAUAUGGUGUCAAGAAAUUAAACACUGAUUUCUACACAUGGAUGGCUAAAAUACUUUACCAAGUGGAAAUUCACAAGAUCAAGAAGUCAGAUUUAUUAUCUGUGAUUCAACCAAACCAGUUUGUGGAUGUCAUUGAAAAGAGAAUUAAAAGCCUUGCUAAAGAAACAAGAGAGAAAAGCCUCGAAGAAAUCCUUGAUGAAAUUCGAACAGAAGGAGACACUGAUCUCAAUAUUUUAUGUAAAGUUGAAAACAUUGUGUCAUAUGUGUCCUCAUCACCACCUGUUUCAAAAAACCCAUCAGAUUUAAAGGAAACAUUAGUGACACUAUGUGAAGCAGUAGAAAAAGCUAAAGGAUGGAAACCAAGGCUGGCUCAGAUGGUGAGCUGGUGCAUCAUGGCUCUUUCUGAUUCCAGCCGGUUAAUCCAGGUUGGCACAGGAGAAGGAAAGUCAUGUAUAGUAGCCAUGUUUGCUGCAUAUCUUGCCAUGAAGAGAAAACAUGUAGACAUUAUCUCCAGUUCCCCUGUGCUUGCAGAGAGAGAUGCUAAGGACUGGCUUUCAUUUUAUAAAUAUCUGGAAAUCACUGCGACUUACAAUACAGAAAAAAGAAAAGUUGAAGACUUGAGGCAGUGUUAUGCAUGUCAAGUAGUCUAUGGCACAGCUCAAGAUUUUGCAGGAGACUGGUUAAGACACAGGUUUCAAAGAGAAAAUGUGAGACCUGAUAGAAAGUUUGAAUGUGUCAUAGUAGAUGAGGUGGACUCGCUCAUGUUGGACAAAGGCCUAGAAAUCGUCUACUUGAACAGUGAGAUGCCUGUGAUGGAGUCUUUAAAUGUAAUCUUAGCUAAGAUUUGGUUUGUUGUCAACCAGUCUGAAGAUCUGGAUGUAGAGAAGACACUAGAUCUUAUUCGCGCCUCACUAGCAUCGGAUGAUUUAGACAUACUGCCACCACAUUUAGAGAUCUCCACAGGUACAUCAGAGUGCAACAAAAUCCACAUUCCAGGUUUUCUAGAGCACAUAAAUGAGAGGCUAAAAAUAUGGAUUGAAAAUGCAUUUCUUGCCAAAACAAUGACUUUAGGGCAUGAAUACAUUCAGCAUGAGAAUGGUGUAGUUCCUGUAGAUUUCGGCUCUACAGGAGUCGUGCAAAAUAACAUGAAAUGGGGAAACGGACUUCAGCAAUUCCUAGAAAUGAAACACCAAACCAGGCUGUCGAAUAUGUCCAUUAUAACAAAUUUCAAGUCCAAUGUAAGUUUAUUCAGGAGUUACAAACAGAUUUAUGGGCUCACAGGAACUUUGGGGAAACAAAACGAACUUGAUUUGCUGCAGAAACUGUACCCUGGCAUUAAAUCAUGUAAAAUCCCACCAUUCAAACGAAGGAAACUUUACGAGAAGGACGGCAUUGUAAUUACUGAUGAAGAUGGGUGGGUAGAAACAAUUUGUAAGGUUGUUAAUAAGCAAGUGAACCCCACAGACUACCGAGGGUCAAGAGCAGUCUUGGUCAUCUGUGAAACUAUUAAACGAGCACAAAUUGUCCACGAUGCACUCUCAAAAGCUAUUCCAACAGACAAACUGAAACUGUACACAAAUAACAAUAUGGACAAUUCAAAUGUUACAGGUGAAAAGGUCACAGAAGGUUGUGUCAUUGUUGCAACCAACCUAGCUGGUCGUGGGACUGACCUAAAAGUCCACCCAAAUGUAAAUGAUUCAGGGGGUCUGUUUGUGGUGCAGACCUUCUUGCCUCUUAAUAUCCGUGUUGAGCAACAAGCUUUUGGACGAACUGCACGAGAAGGACACCCUGGUUCUGCCCAGCUCAUCAUGUGUUCUACUCACUUCUCUGAGUCAGUGAAACUGGUGAUGGCACUACACUCACCUCAUACUUUGCUUACCCUUUUGAGGCAUCUAACAGACACUUUAGCUGUGACAGUGACUGGAAAUAAGUUUGAAGAAACCCUCAUAAUUUAUCGGCGAGAACCCAAUGAAAAGAAUUGUGAAGCCAUGGUGAAAGAACUUAGAGGUCUGCUAAAUACUGAAAAGCCAAGCGGCUUAACUAACCUGGAGAUGGAAAAACAGUCUAGAGAUUUUAUUGUGCAAACAAGACUGUCACGUAUUCUUGAAGAUGACAUACCAAAAAUCACCAAAAAGGAGGAUCUCUUUUAUGAGUACCUUGAAAUGUUGGACACCAUUUACAAACAGGCUCAGGGUGGCAACCAUGAAGAUAUUGUGUCUUCACUUCAUGAGUGCUGGGGUAUGUGGCUUCUGAUGAAGUUCAAUGAGAAUGAAUCGACUGAAACAUUAAGACAGCAGUUAAAGAAAGACUUGCAAAGUGCAAAGCAAAAACUGGAUUGUAAACAGUCUCCUUCCACUAUGGUCUACCAUUAUGUAAGACUUGGCAACACACUGCGCAACAAAGGAUCCUUUGCAGACAGCAUUGAGAUGUACACAAGAGCCAUUGAAAACAAUUCUUGCUGUCCUGCCAUUGCUUUGUACAAUCGUGCAUUGUCCAUUCUGUCCAAAGGAAAUAGUGGACAUAUCGCUCAGGCAUUGUCAGACCUGAAGAAAGCUGAGGAGGCAGUAGACUCCUACAUGAGAAAGUUGACAUUGACUUUGGUUUUUGUGAAAAGCUCCAGCAACGAUCCCCGUUUGUUUCCUGACACCUCAUUUACCAAGCAAUUUCAUGCCAAGCUAAUGGCACAGCAUCGAUUCAAAAUAAAUAUCCAGCAAGCAAUACAAGUGAUGCAGUUUGCUGAAAGUAGAGGUGAUGAUGUACGGAUAACAGAUUACCCAGUGGAACUUCUGGUGUUGAACCCUGUUCUUUUAAGAUCAGAUGAAAUUAUAAAGGUCCUGCGAUCAGUUGUCGCCCUGUCCAAGAUGUCCUCUACCUUGUUCCCUGAGUCCCUUAGCAUUAGCUCAAGUACAGAAAAUGAACUGAUGGAUGGAGUUGCUGAGCUUAGCCGAGAGAUAAUUCAACUCCAGUCACUGGGACUGGACACCCUCUUCUCAGUACAAAAUGUGUUCUCUUUUUUUAGGCGUUUGAGUAAAAUAUUCAGUUAAAGGCUCAGCUAAACUAUUUGACAAAAAAGUACAGCAAAGAAAAAUUUUCAGCACAAAUCCUUUUGGCAUCCAGUAGGGAAGAACUGAAUUAUAGUGAAGUGCUGAUUAAGAAGAGACUCCUGAAUAUAGCAAGACAUUUAUUAAAUAUUUUUUUAUAGUCAUCUUUCUAAUCAUCGUGAUUACAUCAAACUGCCAGACAUUACUGCAAAUUUUCUCAGGCUAGCACCUUUGUUAUUACUUUAUCAAGUGACCAAUGAUAUGGCCGUAUCCUAUUAUAUGUACCUAUCCUAUUGUAAAGUUUUUUUUAUUGUUAUUACAAGUCUUGACUUACUAAUACUAACCAAAAAGGUAUAGAAAAAUAGUAACUCUCACAAGGUUUUGCACAAUAGUUUUGUACAAUUGUGGAUCAACAGGGUACAUAUUCCUCAUAACUAUAUUACCACUUCCUUUAUCUUUUUUUAUUUAUUUUUUUUAAAGACAUGUUGUGUAGUUACUCAUUCUCUUUUAAAUUCAGCCAGUGUACUCUUUGUCUAUUUAAAAUAAAUAGUCAAAAACCUGUCUUUGACAUCACACCUGCUUUCACAGGGACAACUCAUUAGUUUCAAUAAUUGAUUUACACAAUACACCAUCAGCCCUUUUUCUGCCAAUACAGCUCUGACCCAUCAAGGCACAGACUCCACAAAACCACUUUAGUGAUGAGGUAUCUGGCAGCAAGAUUUUAGCAGCAGAAGUCUAUUAAAUUGCUACAUAGUGCCUAAAUGGAACAGACCUGAUUUCCAGCACACCCCACAGCUCAAUCAACAACCCAACUAUUUGGCAUGUUCAUCAAACCAAUCCUAAACAAUGUUAGCAGUGUGCCAGGGUGCAUAAUCCUGCUGAACAAGGCUACUGCCAGUAAGGAAUACUGUUGCCAUGAAGUGGUGAACCUGGUCUAAAACAGGCUUUAGGUAGGUGGGGAGUAAACUCGGUGCCAUUCCCAAGCCCAGAUAAAAUGGGAGGGUAGGAAGCUCUGAUGCAACCCUGAUGCACAUCCAGGAACAUCGAUCCAGCUGUUCCAUUUGAGACCAAGUAACACAAAAAUGGUGCUUAAUUAAAUAAUAAUUUUAAUUCACUCCACCAUCAAAAAAAUGUAGAAUUUUUAGAAUAGAAAGACAUUCUCCAUCUUUAAACUAAAAGGAAUCUCCUGAUUUUGUAGUUUUUGAACAUAUACUGCACAGUUAAAGAAGGGUAAUGAUUUCAUUCUCCGGUGUCACCCAGACAAGGAUGGGUUUGAUUUUGAGUCUCAUUCCUCUCAAGGUUUUUGUCCUCAUAUCGUCUCAGGUAUUUUGAUAUAUAUUCAUUGAUAUAUAUUUAUACAUGUAAAGCUGUCUUUGUUAAAAGUGCUAUACAAAAGCUGAUUGUCAAGAACGAUAUUACAUUGUUAUUACUGCAAGAAUAUUCUUCAUGGCAUAUUAAAAUAAUAUAAACCGUAUUAAAAUAAGUCAAAGCAAGACAGCAUGGUUUACUUCCUUUUUAUUAAUACCUUGUUUCGGUUGUUCAUAGUAUUACACAGAAUUAGCCACACAAGAAACUUGGAUUGUAUUUUGUUAUACUUUUUUUUUUUUUUGUUAAUAAUGUUAAUUCCCCCGUUUUUACAUUCUAAGGCUAAAAAAAAGGUUACACAAGAACUAGCACACUGAUGUCUAACCUGUGACAUUAUAACAUUGAGACAGUAACCUAAUACAACAGAAAAAACAGGGAGGAUUGAACAUUAAAAUGGUAUCAUUGGUAGGAAGGAAAAGAAAGUGAAAUUGAAACAAAAUAUAAAGUGGAAGAACAAUCUCACAGCUCCGGCCCAAAUACUGACGCUUCCGCUUUUUUUUUUUCCCUUUUUAAUCCCCACAGAGUAAACUAUCAGAAAUUUCCCUUUACUGUGUUUUGGUAUAGUAUUUAUCCAGCAAUGCAAAUGCACUUAUUCUGUAUCAAACACCUGUACCUGUAUUCCUCCAUUAGCAAUUCACUCAACAAUACCAUGUGCCAUUUCUAUACAUAUCAGCAACUAAUGUUCUUCUGCUCCAACUUUCAACACUAUUCUCAACAAAAGCAAGGACUUAACACAAACUCUACCCUUGUGUUUCAAUACUGUUUUUUUUGUUUGUUUUUUUUUUACAUUUUC